GGUAUUAGUAUUAUAGAGGCUGGGAGUAGGGGGCGCUGAAGCUGCGCGCUGAGGAGAGCUAAACCCGCAGAAGAAGAGUUUAAACGGUUUGGCUCCGGGCGGGGAGCUGCGGAAUUAAAGAUGUCGUUUGCAGAGAGUGAGAUUCUGGCGUUGAGGCAGAAGGUGGACGAGUCGGAGCAGGCUCUUCAGAAAGCAGCGCAGUAUGGACUUCAGCUCCUGGAUGAUAAAAUGGAUCUCCAGAAUAAACUGGAGGAGCAGCGAGUAGAAAUGACGGCUGUAAUAGAGGGUCUGGAGCAAGAGAAAUACUCCCUGCAGAGAGAAGUAGAGCUGAAGGUCCGAAUGCUGGACAGCCUUCAUUCAGAAUUCGAUUAUUUUAAAAACCAGCAGAAGCAAACAAUAGAGCUGCAGCAAGCAGAGCUGGAGAGGAACCAUGUGGUGGAACUCACAGACGUCAAGAACAAGUUGGAGAAGAUGAAAGCAGAUCUGGAUGAAGCUCAGCUCCUGGAGAAACAGAUGAGACAUAAACUGGAGCUUCAGUCUCAAACCUUAACCAGCAAAACCGAGGAGCUCCGCAAACUGAUGGAGUGUUCCACUGAAGACAAAUCCUCCGAAAUCUCAGAGCUGGAGAUUCAGAAGAUGGACCUGGAAGCAUCUCUGGCUGCUUUAGAGCAGGAGCUGCAAGAGUCGCAUUAUAAAGAGCAGCAGCUGCAGCUGAAUAACACCAUCAUCCAGAGGCAGCUGGAGGCUCUGGAAGGAGCUAAAGAAGAAAAGGAGUGUGAGGUGGUGUCACUCUAUAAUGCGUUAGAGAAAUCCAGAGAAGCCAACAAAGACCUGCAGGUUCAGCUGGACCAGGCGCUGGAGCAGACCCGCAAUCCCAACAGCAAAGGCAAUUCCUUAUUCUCUGAGGUGGAGGAUCGGCGUGUGGAGAUGGAGAGGCAGCUGAUCAGUGUGAAAGUUCAGUACCAGUCUCUACAGAAACAACACGCCUUCAUGAAACAACAGAUGCUGCGCAUGAAGGUGCAGAUCUCUAAUCUGAUGCAGCUGCAGGGCGCGAGAGCUGACCCGGCCCAGCUGGAGCGACUGCAGUUCAUGCUGUCGGAGAAGAACAGUGAGAUAGAAACCCUGAUGAGGAAAGUGCAGGAACUGGAUAAAGCAGGAGGAAAGAGCUCUGAAGAACAGUCCUCCACUGUGGUCGGCAGGCCGAAUGAGUUUGUGGAUGAGACGUACUACACAGACCUGCUCAAAAUGCAGCUCUCCAACUCAAAGAAAGCUGCAGAGUCACUGAAAGACGAGUUAUCUAUGGCCAGAAUGAAAGCUCUGUCUGAGAGUCAGAGAGUUCUGGAGUUGGAGAGGAAACUGUUUGGAGUGGAAAACGCUCUGAAACAAGGCCAAAGCGACAAUAUCAAACUACAGGUGAAACUAGAAGAACUGCGGAUGAAGUACGAGCCAGAUGAGGUGAAUAAGGCGCGGGCUCAGAAACGUAAGCGAGAGAAGUUUCCGGUAAACUCUCCUGAAGAAAAACCUGAGCAGAGCAGUGUGGAAACUCCAGCUGAUAACAGGAAGCCGAACAGGAACCCAGACCUGUCUGAAGAAAACCCAACAUGUCCGGCUAAAAAAUCACCAGAGAGACAAGCCCAGCCGCCGUCCUGCCGCUCCGUCCUGCUGGAGGAGAAUAAAUGUGUUCGGAUCUGUGAGGACGCCCCCGUCUCCAUAUCUGACCCCCCACACUCUUCAGACUGGAGCAGCUCAGCUGAGGAGCAGGUAGUUCAGUGUGAUGAAGAGAACUGGAGAACAUCAGAAAAAGAGAAGAACCAGGUUCCUGUUCGUAUCGAUCCAAAGAACACCAUGGAGCGCCAGUGUGCUCAGCAGUAGCAUUCAAUUAAUUCAAUUUAAUUCUGUCUUAUUUUUCAUAUACAGGAUUUACAAAUGUAUGAAUGUUGCUUCUUUAAUCUGUAUCCCUGAACAAUAAAUGACAAUUUACUGUAUAUAUAAAUAUUGAUUAUAUAGUAAUAUUUGGUUAUAUAUAUUAUAUAUAUACUAUCUAGAUGUUUUGUGAUUGUUGUUGUUUCAAAUUUGUCUAUAUAAAAAUGUUUAAGAACUGUUUAUUGAUCCACCUUUCUUUUAAUAUCUGAAAUUUCCAAGAUUUUUUACAAACAUGAAUUUAGUAAAAACUCAGUUUCACUGUUUACAGGUGAUAAUGAUGAUUGAGGUGAUCAGAACAAAGUCUGAUGAGUUAUAGCAGUGUAGCAGCUACCAUCAUUAAUGUGUAAAGUGAUGUGAUGUAUAAAUGAAUAAAAGCAUCAUUAUUUAAAAAAAAUGCUUUUAUCGACAGAUCCUACAUAAUUUCAAAACUUUAAAAACUGGAUUAAAAUCCAGAGAGCAGUUUAUAAAAGUGUUGUUUUAAAAGAGUUCAUAGUUUGUCAGUUCGAAUCCCGGUCAUGCAGCUUGUCAUCAGCUGCUGGAGCCCUGAGAGAGCACAGUUGGUCUUGCUCUCUCUCUGGGUGGGUACAGUACAGUAGAUGGUGCUCUCUCUUUCCCCUCAUCACUUCUAGGGUGAUGUGGAUCAGCACAAGCCUGCGUCUGUGAGCUGCUAUAUCAGAACCGAGUCAAUGUGUUUUCCUCCGAGCGUUAGCGCUGUGAUGCUACUCAGCAAUGCUACAGCAUCAGCAGCAGCUCAAAAAGAGGCGGAGCCUGAUUUCACAGCAUGUGUUAGUCUUCACUCUCCUGGUGUUGGAGCAUUACUAGUGAUAGGGGGAGUGGGUGGGUUAUGUAAUUGGUCUUGUAAAAUGGGUAAAAUGGGAUAAAAAUUUGAAAUGAAAUUAUAAAAAAGAAGAGUUAAGGGUUGUAAAAUAUUGGUAUUUUUUAUAUUGUAACGACAGAGUUUAGAGUGUUUGAAACUGUGAACCACAUCAGCCAAUGUGAAACUUCACUGGUUGUUAGAAAGUACUUCCUGAGACACAUCAUUCAGGUUUCAUUAUGACUGGUCUUUGGUAAAACUUCCACAAUAUCCAUGCUGAGAGCUGACUGGCCAGAAUUGUCCAUUUACAGAGAGUCCCCCUCCAGUCAAAAGUUUGGACACAACUUCUCAUUAAAUGUUUAUUUUUUAUUUUUUUCAGUACAAUAAAUUAAUAGGAGAUAUAAAGGAACACAUAAGGAAUCAUGUAGUAACUUAAAAACAGUGUUAAACAAACCAAAAUACUCUGUGAAGAAGUAUUUAGGUGCUCUUAUCUGGGGAGCUGUUAUGCUCUGAUGAACUUAUACUGUGCUCCUCCUUUCUUGGGGUGCUCCUGAUUAGUGCCAGUUCUAUCAUUAUAAUAUUUUUAUGGUCUUUGUGGCGACUGCACUUAAAGUUACUUACAAAGUUCUUGAAAUUCUUUUUUUUUUCCAGAUUGACUGACCAGAUUUCCAGACCCAAGUAUUUUUUUUAAUUCUUUAUUUAGUUGAGUAGUUGUUGCUUCUCAUAAUCUGGAUUAGAACAUUACUGAAAUAUUCACUAUUCACUGUAUACCUGUAACUCUACCUCUUCACUACUUUACUUUAACUGAUGCUCUCAAACUUUACAUUAAGAGACAAGAAAUUCAAGUAAUUAACUCUUGAUGAGAUCAGCACAGCUGUUAACUGAAAGCCUGAAUUCCAGGUGACUCUACCUCAUAAAACUGAGAUGUUCUCUGAGCAAGUGAAGGAACUUAAUGCUUCAGCAGACCAUGAUAUGUCUCUCCAAACCAUCACUGAUUGGUGGAAACUUCACACUAGACUCGAGCAGUUUGGACUGUGUGUCUCUCCACUCUUCCUCCAGACUCUGCUACCUUAAUUUACAAAUGAAAUAAAGUAAAAUUUGCUGAUGAUCAGUGAUGGUUUGAAGAGUCAUGUCUGUCAUCUGCUGGUGUUGAUCCACUGUGUUUUAUUAUCAAGUCUAAAGUCAGUGCAGUUUACAGCACUUCUUGCUUUUAUAGAGAUGCAGAUUUCAUUUUCCAGCAGGACUUGGCACACUGCCAAAAGUACCAGUUGGUCUUAUAUAAUAUUCAAAUUUUCUGAGACAUUGAUUUUUGGGUUUUCAUUGGCUGUAACCCAUGUAUUAUCUAUCUAUGUAAUAUACAGUAUGAGUUUCACAUUUUUAACUGAAUUACUGAAAUAAAGUGUUUUUUUUUAAAUGAUAUUCUCGUUUUCUUUUACGCACUAGUGUUGUAGCAGUAGAACCGGACUCUUUAUGCUGUAUCUGCUGUAAAUCUGCUGUAUUGUUCUGUUUGUUGGCUAUUUGAAGAUGGAUAUCGGGACACAAAGCUCUGUAAAUGUUUAAUAAAAAUAAAGCAGACUGCUUCAGUC